UUUGUCAUCGGAAUUAUCUUGGAGAAGAAAAGAAAAGAAAAGCAUCUAUUUAUUGUCUACGUGGCUCCUCUAAAAUAUCCCAUUCAAUUCUAAAUAUCCCUAAACCCUAAACCCUUUUUUCCUCCUCCCUCGAUUCAAUCUCCAACUCACAAAAACCCUAAUCCAAAUAUACUCCCAACUUUUGGAAAAAAAAAUGAGCUCCUUCACUAACAACACCAGCAACUUUGAUAAUCUCCUGCUUCAGACCUUGAUGGGUCGCCGUCAAAUCAGGCCACCAAACGGCAACUUUUCCAGUCCUUUCCUCUCUCAACAGUCCCUCGAGGACCUCCUAUUUGACGCGGCGAAUCUCCCAGAUUCGACAUCCGAUGAUGACUCAGACAAAACCCAACUCUCCAAAGAAGAAUCCAAGCUCGAAAAAGAGAUAAUCAAGAUCAUCCUAUCCGGAAAGAUUGAUUCUCUUAGGCCAAACUCGGGCCAAGCUGUUACGAUUGGGGAACACCACAUCUGUGUCGGAUUUCACGAGGAAAUAGGCUCGGAUUAUCGGGUAUGGGAGUGGCACGGGCAUAUCAUGCUUUUCGACGAUGAGAAUGGGUACUCACCUGAGUAUAUUUAUGGGAAUUAUUUUGAGAGGUUGCAGGGGAAAGUGACUCGUGACACUGACAUUGUUGAAAAGGAGAAAGAAGAAGAAGAAGAAGAGGAAGAAGAAGUAAGGAAUUUGGGAUUGAGAGAACUGAUUGAUAAUACCGAUACUAAAGCAGGUCGGAUCCUUCAUCGAAACUUGAAUAGGAGUUCUUCAAGGUCUUAGUUAAGAGUUCUGUUUUUUGGUCUGCGCUAGAGCUUUUGAGUGUUAAACUGGAUGGCUGCACUUGGUAUCUUCAUUGAAAUGCUUUCUAUAGAUUGGGGUAGAGGUCAUGAUUUCCCUGCCAUUGCUGGAGAAGUUUCAGGGUUUAUCUGGUGCCUUCUAUAGUUCUUGUAUUUGAAUUUCAGAUGUUGGUUUUGUAUGAUGAAACUUGUCACCUGAUUUAAUAGCUGAAUAAAUAUGUGCAUCAACACCUUUAUUUACUUUGUGCAGAUGAACACAGUUUCACUUUCCCCCUGACAUACUUAUAGAAGAAAAUUCAAAGAAAAGAAGAAAAUGGGGUGAUGAAUUUUAAUUAUUAUAAGUGGUUUUGUUUCUAGUAGAAUUUAAGUUCAUGUAUCUCUUACCCAUCAAAUUGGAUGAUGAAUUUUUAGCAUUAGACUAAUUAACAAAUUUAUAGUUUUAUUUUGAUUGUUGGCA